GGGAUGAGCCAAAUGUCGUCGUCGACGCCGUCACACUCACUCUGUCUCUCUUCCUCUCCUCCAUUUUCUCUCACUUUAAUAUAUAUACUAUUUCGAUGAUAAUCAUAUCGUAAAUAAAUAAUUAUAAUCCUCCCAUUAAAAUAAAGCAUUAUCAUCAUCAUCAUUGUCAUCAUCUAAUGGUCACUACCCCAGGUGGGUCGGUUUGCUCAUUGCCUCGCUGUGCCGUUGGGUGAAAUUUCGCAUUUUGACUUGUGGGUGUUCUUCUUCUGGGCUCAAUUCUGUGUGCAGGAGCUGAGUUUUGGCCUUCUUGGAUUGAUUGUUGUAGGGACAGUAGUGCAAUGGUGACCUAUGAUUUGUAGAGCAUUAAGGACAUCGCAGAAAAUGAGAAGGGCUCUCUGAACGGGAUGCCGAGUUUUGAUUCUCAUUUGCCUCUUUCCGAUACAAAUUCUGCAGAAAGCACAAUACAACCUCACUGCAUUUCUGAUUUUGGGGAAAGAGAUCAGUCUGCUGGACUCCCCUUGCAAAAUUCUGUCAACGUGAGUGGAAGUACUCGAUAUAACUCAGCCACGCAAAACAUCCAAGCUUCUGUUUCAGAUCCUGUUCAUACUGCAAAUUUAAAGAAGUGUUCGCAAUCGCAGAAGGGUCAGUCAUUGAAUCUGGUCUCUAUCCCCCGCAGUAACAUAGAGAACUGGGGCGAGUCCAACAUGGCCGAUGCUAGUCCAAGGACUGAUAUUUCCACCGAUGAUACAGAUGACAAGAAUCAGCGGUUUGAAAGAGGUAAAGCCAUUACAGUCGGUGCUUCUGACUCCAGUGAUAGAUCAAAGGACAAGACAGAUCAGAAGACUCUUCGUAGGCUUGCUCAAAACCGCGAGGCAGCUCGGAAAAGCCGCCUGAGGAAGAAGGCCUAUGUGCAACAACUAGAGAGCAGCCGCUUGAAACUAACCCAACUUGAGCAGGAACUCCAGCGAGCGAGACAGCAGGGGAUAUUUAUUUCAAGCUCGGGAGACCAAGCUCAUGCUAUUGGUGGAAAUGGAGCCAUGGCAUUUGAUGCAGAAUAUGCACGGUGGUUGGAAGACCAGAACAAGAAAAUAAACGAACUUAGGUCUGCAGUGACUGCCCAUGCGAGCGACACAGAACUCCGCAUCAUAGUUGAUGGAGUCACCGCACACUACGAUGAGAUUUUCAGGCUCAAGGGUAAUGCAGCAAAGAACGAUGUCUUCCACCUAUUGUCAGGAAUGUGGAAAACACCCGCUGAGAGGUGCUUUCUUUGGCUCGGUGGUUUCCGUCCAUCUGAACUUCUCAAGCUUCUUGUCAAUCAAUUGGAGCCUCUAACAGAGCAGCAGGUUGUUAGUAUCAGAAACUUGCAGCAAUCAUCUCAGCAGGCAGAGGACGCGCUUUCUCAGGGCAUGGAAGCACUGCAGCAAUCCCUAGCCGAGACACUGUCCAAUGGGUCCCUUGGAAAUUCGGGCUCGUCCGGGAAUGUGGCAAAUUACAUGGGUCAGAUGGCAAUGGCCAUGGGAAAGCUCGGGACUCUCGAGGGUUUUAUUCGCCAAGCCGAUAACUUGCGGCAGCAAACACUGCAACAAAUGCAUCGAACAUUGACAACCCGCCAAUCAGCUCGCGCGAUCCUAGCAAUACACGAUUAUUUCUUCCGACUCCGAGCCCUCAGUGCCCUCUGGCUCGCUCGCCCAAGAGAGUGAAGGAACAUUGUUAGGCCGGUCUUGGUUCCAAGGUGUACAUUUUUACUAAUUUCUUUACGCAGGUAAAUGUGAGAAGCGGAUGGAGAUCUUUUAGAACUGUUGGAUUGGAUGUCUACUCUGUCAUCUUUCGCAGUUUUACUGCCUUCCAUAAUUUCGUAACAAUCUUAUCCUAGUCUCAAUGAAAGUCCGGAGUUUGUAACUGUUACUAGUGUUGUGCUGUUAUUCAUUAGAUUGUUGCAUGCAUGCUGUCCUCUCUUCCAUUAAUCACAUAAACGAAAUUGGCAA